AGGAGGCGGAACCAGGCCAACAGUCGGUGCGUGCGUGAGUUGAUACGGGUUCACUAUUGUGAGUGGAAGUUGUGCAGUGCAUCUCAACCAGCCCCUAGUGUGGAGUGGUACUGUGUGUUACCCUUUACUCGAGCAUCAUGCAGAGAGUUUCACGUCUGAAAAGAGAGCUGCAAAUGCUAGCCACUGAGCCACCUCCAGGCAUCACAUGCUGGCAAGAAAAAGACCAGAUGGAUGACCUGCGAGCUCAAAUAUUAGGUGGAGCCAACACACCUUAUGAGAAAGGUGUUUUUAAGCUUGAAGUCAUCAUUCCUGAGAGGUACCCAUUUGAACCUCCACAGAUCCGAUUUCUGACUCCCAUCUAUCAUCCCAACAUUGAUUCUGCUGGUAGGAUUUGUCUGGAUGUCCUCAAAUUGCCACCAAAAGGUGCUUGGAGACCAGCCCUCAACAUCGCAGCCGUGUUGACCUCUAUUCAGCUGCUCAUGGCGGAACCCAACCCUGAUGAUCCCCUGAUGGCUGACAUUUCCUCAGAAUUUAAAUAUAAUAAGCCAGUCUUCCUGGAGAAUGCCAAGCGGUGGACAGAGAAGCAUGCAAAACAAAAGCAGAAGGCUGACGAGGAAGAUGUGCUGGAUAAUUUACCAAAGGCCAGUAACUCUGAAAUAGACAACUCAACACAAAAAAGGAAGGCUGGGCAGCUAGGAGGUGUAGAAAAGAAAUUUUGCCCUGAUGAUCGAGAAGUUUGUCCUGAUCCAUCUUAGUUAAUGCAUUUUUGCAAGAUGGUCUAAUUUGCUUACCUUUCUUGAAUGUUUUUCUUUGUUUUGGGUGACAUUGUAAUUGUUGUACCCUAUA